AUGGCGACGAUGGAUUUGACUAACGAGGUGGUGCGGUUACGCGCCGAACUCGAGAAAGUAUCGACUGAGCGGGAUAUGCUGCUGUGUGAGGUGUCGAAUUUGCGGCGAGAAUUGGAACUGAGCGAGCUGAAAAACUUGCAAGAUGACAGUUUUUACACGUUAAAAAUCGCCAUAUCCCGUAACUUGGUCUGUGCAAUGGCAGCCUAUUACAGCAUUGUUCAUCAAGGCUCUAUGGCUAAGUUGACGGCAGGUCCUUUCUGCUGA